AUGGUAUCGGAAGCGAAGUCUGCGGGUCGCUCUAAGAAGCAUGCAAGAGACGAGUCUGAUGAGCAACCCAUCACCGCUGAGGGUUCCAACUUUAAUGAGAACUCGAGUCACGAAUACAAGGAGAAAUUCAGCGAGUUGAACUUUUCUGCGGCCACCAUGAAGGCUAUUGACAAGCUGGGCUUCACUAACAUGACACAGGUGCAGUCACGCACGAUCCCACCCUUGUUGGCGGGCCGUGACGUGCUUGGUGCUGCAAAGACCGGUUCUGGUAAAACAUUGGCCUUCUUGCUGCCGGCCAUCGAAAUGCUACAUUCUCUGAAAUUCAAGCCUCGUAACGGUACCGGUGUGAUAGUGAUCACACCCACGCGUGAAUUGGCGCUGCAGAUUUUCGGUGUUGCCAAACAGUUGUUGGAAUUCCAUUCUCAGACUUUCGGCAUCGUCAUUGGUGGUGCCAACCGUCGUCAAGAGGCAGACAAGCUGGCCAAAGGUGUCAACUUGCUUAUUGCCACCCCAGGCAGACUUCUGGACCAUCUGCAAAACACGCACGGGUUUGUUUUCACCAACCUUCGUGCCCUGAUCAUCGACGAGGCUGACCGUAUUUUGGAAAUCGGUUUCGAAGACGAAAUGCGUCAGAUUGUCAAGAUUUUGCCCAACAAAGACCGCCAGACCAUGCUGUUUUCCGCCACACAAACGACCAAGGUCGAAGAUCUGGCUCGUAUCUCGCUGAGACCCGGCCCACUGUUCAUUAAUGUCGACUCAGAAAAGGAAACCUCCACUGCAGAUGGCUUGGAGCAGGGUUACGUUGUCUGUGAAAGCGACAAGCGUUUUCUGCUGCUAUUUUCGUUCCUCAAGCGCAACCAGAAGAAAAAAGUCAUUGUUUUCUUGUCCUCCUGUAACUCUGUCAAGUACUACGCCGAGCUAUUGAACUACAUUGACCUGCCAGUUCUGGAGUUACACGGUAAACAAAAACAGCAAAAACGUACCAAUACGUUUUUCGAGUUCUGUAACGCUGACAGAGGCACUUUGGUGUGUACCGAUGUUGCCGCCCGAGGCCUGGACAUCCCAGCUGUGGACUGGAUCAUCCAAUUCGACCCUCCUGAUGAUCCCAGAGACUACAUUCACAGAGUGGGCAGAACGGCUAGAGGAUCCAAGGGUAAGGGCAAGUCCCUCAUGUUUUUGACGCCCAACGAGCUCGGGUUCCUACGUUAUCUCAAGGCUGCCAAGGUGCCUCUCAACGAAUUCGAGUUCCCCACCAACAAGAUCGCGAACGUUCAGUCCCAGCUUGAAAAGCUGAUCAGAUCCAACUACCACCUUCACCAAAUUGCCAAAGACGGUUACAGAUCGUACUUGCAAGCAUAUGCAUCCCACGGUCUAAAGACCGUUUACCAAAUUGACAAAUUGGACUUGGCCAAGGUUGCUAAAUCCUACGGUUUCCCGGUUCCACCCAAGGUCAACAUUACUAUUGGGGCUUCAGGGAAAGCGCCUCCAGCAAAGAAGCGGAAGGUUCGGAGUUGA